AUGGUUGGGACGAUCAAACACCUCUACAACAGUCAAUGGAUGGUUGCAUUGGCAAGUUUCUUCCUCAUGAUCUCCACGGGAGGAGCACUCAACAACUUCAGCCUCUUCUCGCAGCAUCUCAAGCUGUCCCUCGACUACAACCAAAAAAAUAUCAACACCAUAAGCUUAUUUAAGGACGUUGGCACCAGCGUCGGGAUUCUCUCCGGCCUCCUCUAUGAUCUCACCGGGCCCUGGGUCGUGCUCCUCCUUGGAUUCGCGCUAAACUUUGCUGGAUACUUCACGAUAUGGCUGGCUACAACGCAGAGAAUAGCACAACCCCAUGUCUGGGAACUGUGCUUCUAUCUCUUUAUGAUCGGCGCAUCGGCAGCCUUCACCACCACCGCUGUUCUUGUGGCCUGUGCCAAGAAUUUCCCCAAGAACCAGGGCAUGGUUCUUAGUCUUCUCGACAGUACGCAGGGAUUGAGCGUUGCGAUGUUCACGCUGCUUUACCAGGCCUUUUUCUCUCGCAAUGACGAUUCAUUCGUUCUCUUGCUGGCCUGGUUUCCAUCACUCUUGUGCCUUCUCUUCGCGUUUUCCAUUCGAUCCGUCCCACUCGACGGUCGCUACAAUGACUCGAGAACGCUCUUCGUCUUCUUGUCAGUAACUUUGAUCCUGGCUGGAUAUCUCAUGGCUAUAUCAUCCUCCAGCACUUCGUGCGCCUAG